UGUGUAGCUGGUGUUUGCUCUGCUUCUGCUCGGCUGCUUCCACGGAACCCCCCAGGAGGGGCCCCUUGGCCCAGUGCGGCUCUUUUCCGGGAGUUGGGUGCUGAGGGCGUCACUCCACCCUUCCCUCUGGUCUUCCUCCCGCAGGGUCAGCCCCUCCCAGCCCACUCUGCUUCUGGGGGUUCCUCCAGGACACAGGCAGGAUGGCCCAGAGCACCGUGUCUGUGACCGGGCUGGACACGGCCACCACCCAGUCGAUGCCCGCACACAUCAACAUCCACGUGCACCAGGAGUCGGCCCUGGCCCAGCUGGUGAAGGCGGGCAGUGCCCUGAAGCAGUUCUUCUCCUGGCCCUCUGGCAACCGCAUCGGCUAUGGGCAGCUGGCCCUGGGGGUGGCCCAGAUUCUGCUGGGGCUUCUGAGCUGUGCCCUGGGGGCCUUUCUCUACUUGGGGCCCUGGACCUCUCUCCGUGCCUCAGGCUGCGCCUUCUGGGCCGGCGCCUUGACCAUUGCCGCGGGAGCUGGGGUCAUCGUUCAUGAGAAGCAUCCAGGCAAAUGCUCGCUCUUCCUGGCCUCUCUGCUCACUGUGUUGGGCGUGAUGGCCACGGUGCUGGCCGUGGUCCUCUGCGUGCGCAGCCUGGCCGGGGAGCACGGCUUGCACACGGAGUCCAUGUGCGAGCAGCCGGAGCCGGAACCCUCUUUCACCACCACCCCCCCAUGGGGAUGGCACCGGCGGCGCUACCAUGCGGACAACGGGAAGUGGAAAGUGCAGAGAUGCAAGGAAUUUAUGAAGAUGGUGGUGAACAUGUUCAUCGGGAUCCAGGCGCUGAUCCUGGCCAUCUGUGUGCUGCAGGCCAUCGGGCACGGGGUCUCCCUGGGCCUGGUGAUUCGAAGCACCUGCGCCAGGAGCUCCCUGUCCCUGGACCAGGAAGAGCUGGAGAGGAGGCUCCUGGGGCAGAAUUCCGCGCCCCCCUCCCCUUGCAAGGAGAAGAUCGUCCUGUGAGGCUGACAGGGAGCUCGCCUGCCGCCCGCCCCUGCCUGAGAGGGAACCCGGACUCUCCCAGGCCCUGCACUGCCCGCCCUGCCCCCGGUCACCCCCCUGCCUGCUCCCCCACCAGCCUCCCUCACUGAGCUCAGCCCUCCCAUCAGGCAUUGCUGUAUUACCCCGGAGACCGAAUAAAUAGGACAGCGACAGCCGCGAGAAGCAGCUGGCGCAGAAGAGA